AUGACGAAGGAGAAAUUGAAGUUUAAGAUAUCAGGUAAGAAUGUUGUCUACGAAGGUAAACCUGAAACUCGCGUCAAGGAUUUGAUGGAUAUUCUGGCAAAGAUGGGGGUAAAUGACGACAUUGUGAUUCCAACCUUUCGCGAGAAUAUCAAGGACGAGCGAAAGUACACCGAUGAGCAGAUCAAGGAUCUUUACAAAUCUGCCGUUCAGGCGCGCCUAAAGAAAAAGGGAAAACCUUCUGAGGGCAGCGCCGGUUUGAGUAAAAGCAACCCUACUAUGAAAGAGGGUGGUAAAAUGCAGAUCACACUCAACUAUAAAGGGAAAGCAUUCUCCUAUGAGGGCUUACUCAGUGGCAAGCGUAACGCCCUCAUUCAACUUCUUGCAAAGCAAAACGAUAUAAACCCGACAGCGGCGGUAGAAGCGUUUCGCCAGAAUAUCAAGGACGGGGAAGAUUGGACGGAUGAGCAGAUCUGGGGUAUGAUAACCGAGCGCAUCCAAUCUCGUCAGGCACAGAAUACCUCCCUUAAUAAAUCUGAAGUGCCACCUUCAGACACCAAGGAAAAUUUAUCCAGUGGAUACUAUGCGAUUGAGGAAUUGGUUGGCAUGUCAUUAAAAGAAAAGGAGGACCUUAACAAUUUCAUCAAACAGGUGCUUCAGGAGCCGCCGAGCAACGUUUCCAACCUCAUUUCAAAUGACCCGCAACUUGGGGGUGAGCACGGCGACAUCGACUAUCCUGCCAUGUCACGAAAUGCAGGGAAAUUUCCGGUAUACUGUCAAGAGUCUGACACCUCCAUGAAGAAACUCGUCUAUAUCACCCCUGAUAUGCCAUUUGAGGAAUUUAGCAGCAUUGUAGAAAAGAAAUUCGGCUACAAAGUGUCCCUUUCUUUUAUGGAGGGUGACGACUUGAUUAUUCUUGAUGAUGACGACGUGUUGUCCAUGUUUUUGGAAAUGCAUAUGAAUGGAAGUAAGCUCAAUCUGAUCGUUUCCAAACAACUUCAGCGCCGAAACAGCGACUUGUGCUCCAAGGAGAUGCCAAUGUCAUCGAAUGCAGCAUUUUCAUCCAGCUCGGAACCCGAGUUCUCUAACGGCGAGCUCAGCAUCCAAAAUGUGAGCACUUUCACAGGGCACACUCUCGCGGUUUACUGCUGUAGCUUUUCUCCAGACGGCGGGAAGUUUGUAUCCUGCAGCCGAGACCGCUCUGUCCGUGUGUGGAACAUGAGCGAUAAGAAAAACACCGUGAUGAAAGGUGGCCACAACGGCUACGUUCUUUCCUGCAAUUAUUCACCAAAGGGGAAUCUCGUGGUGUCCUCUGCCGACGAUCGCUCAAUCAAGCUGUGGAACACAAAAUCGAAUUCUAAGUUGAGCACUCUAAAAGGGCACGAAGAUAAAGUGUAUUGUGUCCAGUUCAACCCAACAGGUGAAUACAUUGUAUCUGGAAGUUGUGAUAACACUGUUCGUGUGUGGCGUGUGGAUUCUGCUUCGAAAAUCGCCGUGUUGAAGGGGCACUCACUAUCGGUGUUUUCAUGCGCCUUCAACAAUACUGGCAUCGGCAAGUAUGUAGUUUCGGGUAGCGAUGAUCAUUUGGUGAAAAUUUGGGAUUGGGAGGAACGCAAGGAAGUUCGAACUCUCGUUGGACAUGUUGGAACGGUGUGGUCGGUGAGAUUCUCCAAUAGCGAUGCCUACAUCGUUAGCACUUCCAUGGACCACGAGCUGAAAUUGUGGGUCUCCGGUACGGGGUCCUGCGUUCGCACCUUUGCCGCCCACAAGGCUCCGAUUCACCAUGCCAUCUUUUCUGAGGAUGACAAAUAUUUAUUUUCAUGUGCGCGGGACUGUGUAGUCAAGGCGUGGCGUGUUGACAAUGGUGAGCAUGUCGCAACAGUUACGGGUCAUCUUAAUACGGUCUAUCAUAUCGAUAUUAAGGGCAAUAAAAUGCUUACAGCUUCUUUGGAUAACACUUUGAAGCUCUGGACUAUCGAAUCAAAGAAUUGA